AUGCCAGUGAAAUGCUGUUUCCACAGGUCACCAACUACAGAAACAACAGUGUGUUCUGAAAAUAUGGAUACACUUUUAACCAACCAAGCUGGUCUAGAUGCUUUUCGAACAUUCCUAAAAUCAGAGUUCAGUGAAGAAAACGUUGAGGUCUGGCUUGCCUGUGAAGACUUUAAGAAAACAGAAAGUGCAGAAAAAAUUGCUUCCAAAGCCAAGAUAAUUAAUUCUGAAUUCAUUGAAGCUGAUGCCCCUAAAGAGAUUAACAUUGACUUCAGUACCAGGGACCUCAUCUCAAAGAAUAUUGCAGAACCAACUCUCAAAUGUUUUGAUGAGGCUCAGCAGGUGAUCUACAGUCUGAUGGCCAAGGAUUCUUUUCCUCGAUUUCUAAAGUCAGAGAUUUAUAAGAAACUGGUAAAUAGCAAACAGGCUGGAAAUCAUAAAAAAUGGCUCCCUUUCUUGUAA